AUGAGCUCUAGAUCUGCGUCCAGCGAACGGCCCGAAUUGGGUCAUUUGGCAAGAUGGACGGUGUCGAGCCAUAAGUACGGCUUCGGCGUUGACAACCUCAAAGAUGACAAUGAGGGGACUUUCUGGCAGUCGGAAGGUCCUCAACCGCAUGUCGUAGACCUAUCUUUCCCCAAGCGCGUCUUCAUUUCGGCCGUAUCCAUCCUGACCUCCCACCCGAAAGACGACUCCUACACCCCCUCCAAGAUCUCUGUACGGUGCGGAACGAGCGUGCAUGAUCUACAAGAGGUCCGGCUGGGGGUGUUUGAUAAGCCUGAUGGAUGGCAAUAUAUGCCGCUGAGGCCGGAAGAUGCGGAUGGGGAGGAGAUUGAGGGACCGCCCAUACCAGCACAUCACCUCCGGAUCGUCAUCCUCGCCAAUCACCUGAACGGCAAAGACACGCACGUCCGCGGCGUCCGAGUGUUCGGCGCAGACACGUCCAUCAAGCCAUCUACCGAUGCGGGAGACAGCGCGAGGAUGUCCAUCAACGUUGCGAGUCCUGGAGAGGAGGAUGGCGAGGGAGGGGAGGUGGGGGAAGGGAAGAGAUUGUUGAUGUUGGGCCAUGAUGGGUUGAGUGGGUUUACGAGUCGGGCGUUCAGGAUGCACGAGGGGAUCAGAUAA